AUGAUGCCCGGCGAGACGCACCCAGCGGCGCCCGGGCCAGCCGACCUCGCGCGGUGUCAGGGCUGCGCCUCCCUGCAGCAGAACUUAAACGAAUAUGUUGAAGCAUUAAUUGCCUUGAAACAAAAAAUUAUUAAUACAGAUAACCUGCUGACAGAAUAUCAGAAGAAAUGCGAUGAGCUGCAGUUUGCAAGAAGAGAGAACAGCACACUACAUCACCAGGUAGAGCAGAUGCUCCAGAAGAUCUCCCCUCUGCAGAAGUGUCAAGAGGAACUGGGAUCCUUGAAAGCUGAGCUGGAGGAGAAAAAGAGUUCUCUGAAACUGUAUCAGAACACUCACCAGGAAUAUGCUCGUGUGAAAGAAGAGUGCUUGAGAACUGACGCCCAUGGAGCUCGCUCCUUCCUGUGCUGCGUGGCAAGUUCAUGUUCACUAGAAGCUGCCCCAGAGCAGCUCCUGUGUGCCUCAGACAUACUUGUCCUAGAAAAAUCUGCCAAGGGAGAUAGUGCACCCAGAGCCUCUGGGCAAGAUGAGCUGCUCCCAGUGCAAGACAGCCCUGCCCGGGCCGCAGACAUGCGCUCUUUCUUCACCAAGCUGUCCAUGGAGAUGGAGGGUGACUUCUCUUCCUCCGAGAGUGCAGAAGAAGAGCUGCCCAGUGGGGCAAGCCCUAGCACUGAGCAUGCCUUUCACGAGGAGAGGCAGACUGAAGGCUCAGGGCAGAGGCCUGAGGACGGCAACAGGACCGACGUCUAUGAUCGGGAACACUUUUUUGAUGAUGAUCUUCAAGCUGCAAUUGACUUCUUCAAACUUCCCCCUCCUCUUCUUUCUCCAGUGCCCUCACCCCCUCCAAUGGCAUCGGGCUCUUUACCUUCUUCCCUGGCACCUGAAUCCUUCUUUGGAGAGUUCACGGAUUCCAGCGACAGUGACUCUGUCCCACCUAGAGACUCUAUGGUUUUGGAAGAUUACACAGCGGGGUCACGGGGUUAUUUUGAUUUGCUUGAAAAAAUUAAAAGGAGUGAUUCAUUUGUGGAAAAGCCCUGGUCACUGGAAGCUGCCCAGGCUGUAAACAAACUGACAUCUCUUGGAUUUGAUACUGGAAGAACAGCACUGGGAGAACCCUCAGCCACAUCUUCUCUAGCUCGAGGAAGGCACGGGACUGCAUCAUCUGAAUUCGUGAGGGACAGAGGCGAAUCUGUAGAAGAGGCAGAAGGAAAGGUGGAGGCUAGGGAGGUAGAUAAGUCUGUGCAAGUUGGGAAAGGGCUUCUGAAGCAGAACAGGAGGCUGUGGCUGGAAACGGCAUCCAGAGGCCCCACACGGAAGAAGGGGGCUGGAGCUGGGGAAUUGGAGACUUGGUAUUCUCCCCGUGGCAAGAGGACGUUCAGCGAACUCAGAGAAUCUGAAGGAAAAAUCCUGUCAUCAAAAACUUCGUGCCCACCCCAGUCAGAAUUUUCUAAACAGACACUCACUGAUGAAUUUGCUUCCAAGUCACACUGUGUGACAGGUUCUGGCCAUUUUCAGAGAAGGGAAAGAGAUGUGCAGGAGUCUCCUCCACAGUCAGGCUUAUGUGCAGCUGAAGCAGGUUGUGAGCGCUCAGCUAGUCUUCCUUCCUCUUCCUCUGCUACCUCGGUACCAGGGUCUGUCUGUAGUAACCGCCAGACAUCAUGGCUAGGGUGUGUCAGUGUAGACACUCCAGCAGAAGUAACCUGCACAGAACAAAAGUCACCAACUAGAACUUCAAACCCAUUUCUUCUGUGGUCUGAGCCAACAGCAUGUUUUCCAAAAGAAAGUCAUCCAGAAAACAGCUUGUCUACUUUGAGUCCAAAGUCAAAAUUUGGAACAUCUACCUUUAGUGAUUGGAAGAGCAGGGGCCUGGAAUCUUUCAGCACUUUAAAAAGCACAGUGAAGGAACACUCACUCCCCCAGUCAGUAUUUCAGAAGCCCACAGGAGGAGGACAGUGUGGAGGCCGAGGUCCAGGCACUGCACUCAUACUGCCUAAGUCAGACUGGACCUCAUUGGCACGUUCGCCGGCUGGCCUCACCAGAAGGAGCCCUGGCUCUACUGACAGUACCUCAUGGCACCGCAGUGAUGUCCUAAGGCGAGGUAGUGGGGGCAGCCCCAGAGCUACCUCAGAAUACCAGCAAAGGACCAGGCUACAGCUAGAGAAGGCUGCACCAGCCUCACAGAACAGCAGGCGGACAGCUAUGUUUGGACCUCCUGGAAAAAGUACCAUCCCUUUCAAAUUUAAGGCAGCUGCUGCUUUACUGCCAAACCAAGUGUCAGUCAUAACAAAGCAGGCAAGACCCAAGAGGGUGCUGAGUAGCAACCUAGAGCCCUGGCGGCCACGUGUGAGCACACUGAGUCCUGCUGUAAAUGGAGGCAAGGAGACAGGUCUUAUGCCAUCAGUAGCAGCCUGUGUCAGAGAUGGAGGCCUCAUAGCACAGGUCCCAGAGCAGGUAGCUGAUGAUGAAAUCCCUUCUCCAGAAGUUUCUGUGUCUUGGCACAAACAUCGUUGUGGUUCUCCAAGUGGCUCCUUGCUCACAGAGAAGUUUAGUUGCUCCACAGAUUCUAAGUUACCUUUCUCCUCUGAAGACAACCUCUUCCAGUCUGUCAUGAAUGAACACUUGCUGCAGAAGCCCAGGAAGUCUCCCAAAACCACACAGUCAGGUGCCAGUGGGCUUCCAUCUGGGGUGACAUCAGAAGUCUUCCCUGCUGAACAAAUGCCCCAUGGACCCCGACACCAGGCAAACCCUGAAGCUGCUGUGGUUGCCAGAGACUCUCACCAUGCCCCACAGAAUGCCAGUGCACCUCCUAGAGUGCCAAGCAGGGCUCCUCUCAGAGCUUGUGUGCCCACGGGUCCUGUUUGCCCUUCAGGCCUUGGCCAUGCAGAUGAGGAAACACAAGGGACCUCUCAAAGUAGUCUCCCUGGGCCUUCCUACUGCUACACGGGCAUCAGAGAGCGAGGCGAGGACGACACGGAAAUGGAGGAUGAGGCUGUUAGUGGCAGUGAAGGAGAGCACGAGGCUGAAGCUGGGAUAGGGCGCAGACAGCAGGAAGCAGCGGGAGACUCACAUAGACCUGCAGGGGACCCAGAGGCUGGGGUGCGUGAGGCAGGACACCCCUCAGAUGUAGGUGAUCUGACCUCUGCACUAAGAGAAUGUAACUUAAGCACCUUUCUUUACAUAGACAAGCUUUCUACAUCAGAGGUGGUUAUGGUUCUUGAAAGUUGUCAAUUAAGGGAUUGUAGUUCAAGGGCCUCUGUUUCAGAAUGUUCUAGCAAAGGAACUGUAAAUGAAGAAAUGAACAAAGAGUUAAGGCAAAGUGAAAUCUCCAGAAAGAAACAUGGGGAGAGGUUCUGUGAAGAAGAACUACUCAGAGCCUCGGAAGAGUGGGCUGAGUCAGAGGGAGAUGACUGUUGUGGCAGGAAAUCAUGCCAACACACUCAGUGUCCUCUGGAAUUGCCACCUGAACUUCCCACCAAGACUGGGGAAGGACUUCAUACAAACCCUGUAGACUGCGAUGGGAAGGAUACUGAGCAUGUAUUGCUAGUAAACUCGCAUCACAGCCAGGCAGCUGAAGAUCUGACAGAAAACACUCUGCCUGAGGAAACAUCCAGCCCCAUGGCCCACACUGCUGAAUUGCCUGAACCUUCAGCUGAGGAUGGUGGCGGCAGCUCCCCACUAAGUAGCAGGUCUGACCCUGAGCACAUUCAGAGCAGAUACGAGGAUGAGCCCAGUUCUGAGGGAUGUCUCAGCACUGGGGAAGAGGGCCUGGUAGAACCUGAGGAGCUGUUGACUCUGAGCUCUGACUCUCCAGCCCCACCAAGGUUAGAGCAGAGUUCUGAUUGUGUGACAGAGACAGCAUUUCGCUACCAGAUCUCCGCAGUGACCUCUGAAGUUAUAAGCGUACUUAUAAAUAAGGAUCAAGACCUCGUGAUUGAAAAGGGAGACAACUGGACUAUCAUCAGCGGUGUGGCCAUCUCCCCUGGCAUGGAACAAGUAGUCCUGUGUGACACUCUUGGGGAUGCUGCUCCCUCCCAGGAUCAGGGAGACCUAGACGACGGUUCUGUGGAGAAGUCCCCAGAAGCCAAUCCUUCUGGCCCUCUACCUCAAGAGCCUCCAUGUGGUGGUGAUCUCUCUGGUGCCCAAGAGGAUGUUUCUAGCAGUGGUCAGAGUGCCAACUUUGAUAAGAGUCGUCUUCGGAACAGACCUGUGAAACCUAGCAUCUGGAUUCGUUCUCAGAUAUACGACCAGACACUUGAGACCGAGAAAGUUGCAUCUGAUCACACAUAUUAUAACUGGAAAUUAGAGCCACUUGGUAAAAAUAAGCCUCGAUCAAAGGUUUCCAACAAAGAUCAAGCAAGCAAGCUAGGCAAGACACCAGGACUCAGCAAAGGGGAAGUGCAUCUUAGUGAAGGCCCUCAGACUGUAUCAGGGGGAAGAACAGAUACAAAGACACCAGGACUCUGCAGUGAGGAAGUGCAUCUUAGAGAGGGCCUUCAGCCUGUAUCAGGGGGAAGAACAGAUACAAAGACACCAGGACUCUGCAGUGAGGAAGUGCAUCUUAGAGAGGGCCUUCAGCCUGUAUCAGGGGAAAGAACAGAUACAAAAAUGCCAGGAAGCCAAGCUCAGCCUGCUGUGGCAGGUACAGUUAUGUCUACCCCCACCAACUGUUCCCCUGACACUCUGAGCAAGAUCCGGCAAGAAGUGGGGCCACCAUUGCCUCCGUUGCUUCCCCCACUAAUAGCCACACCUCCAAGGACAUCACGGACACUGUCUCCUCUGAUACCAAGUUCUAGUCUGUCCUCAAAGUCCUUACCUGCUGGCCAUGUUUCCCCGUUGUGUGAAGUUCCAGGGCCUCCUGUGUUGUCUCCAUGGCCUGAAGAACUCCAGCAGGCCUCCCCACUCGGUCCCUCUCCAUCCCCAUCCACAGCAACAGCUAGUGGAAGGAUAGUGUCCUCUCCAUUACAGUUCUGUGCUGCUACACCAAAGCAUGCACUUCCUGUGCCUGGCCGACUCCCAUCCUGUGCACCUGGUCACGCUUCAGUGAGUGGGCCUCAGGAGAAUUCUGUAAAAAUCCUUGACACUAUGUACCCAGAGUUAUCUGCCAGAGCCCGGACCCUCAGCCUCCUCAAAGGGAACAUGCAGCUCUCCCGAGGCACCACUGUGGAUGGAAAGGUGUUACCAGGGCGUGUCAGUGCUCUCCUAGGACUCAAAGCGAUAACCUCCACAUCAACUGCGUUUGUCCUAACAGGGGGCAGCUCUGGUGGUGACUGUAGCCAAGGUAAGUCACAAGACUCAGGUGUGCAGCGUGAUGCAGGUGGAAAAAGAACACUAGCAGUCCCUAUGCUGAGGAGUGCUAAAAGACUGCGCCUGGACAACGAGUCCAAGUCCCCAGAACCAGACUCCAGGGAUGUCCCUGGGGAAGGAGUCCGUAAGGACCCCCAAGGAGGAAGCCCACCAGCGGAAGUCGGUCCAGCCGAGGAAGAGCCAGCUGCUCUCCCAGCCUGCAGCUCAGCUUCCCUUCUGCGUGUGAGCCCAAGGGAGAUGGCAGAGUCGUAUAACAUAGCCAUAACUCGGGCUCUGAGGAAGAUUGCCGAGUCCUCCUUUGACCUGCUUCCUGUCAUCCGGAGUCACGUGUAUGUGGGAAAUAUCUCCAAAAAGCCUGUCAUGAGAGAUCAAGAGAAAGAAGUUGUUUAUGAAUUCAGCACAACAAACAAGCAUUUAGGAGAAUACUUACUUCGCUCCAUUCUCUCUGAGCUAAAGAUUCAGAAGACAUCUCUGGACCACAGUUACAUCCACGCCCUGUGCAGAGUGUAUGUGGGCAUUUGUCGGCAACUUGGAGACUUGGAACGAGCUCGCUUGUUCUGUUACAGCCUUCUGAAGGAAGAUUUUCCAGAAUCCGAGAAAUUGACUCUGUUCAUUGCCAACAUGUGGCGUGAAGUAUUUCUCUCCCAGUCAGCCAUUAGUGAAGCGAUGCAGCUAGUUGCCAGGCAGCGUGCCAGAGGAGAGGUUCUGAACUGUUUGAGAGCUUUCCUGAGCUGGGAAAAGAAUGCUCCUAUAGAUGUUGGAAUUGUAGUUUCUAAGCUGCUUCUGACCAUACAGCUGUGCCCCAAAACAGAAUUUCAGUCGAGUGAGGAGUUUGGCGAAGACCUAAGUGCAAACAUCUGGGAAUACAUAUUUGCCAUUGAUCUCCUCUGCUGCCACCAGAGGUGGAUUUGGACGCAUGACAACAUCAUAAGUAAAGAGCUGUGGCCUGUGAUGGAUAAGUGGAUCAAAUACAGGAAAGGACAUUCGAACAUCGCGUACACCCCUGAUGUCAUUGUAGCGUCUGUGCUGAGACUGAUUGGUCGAUUAGGCCAGUUGGGGUUGAAGGAGGGAUUUCCAACUGCUGUGAAGAAUAUCAGCUCAGUCAUUGGUAUGUUCAUACAACACGCUCAGGAUGAAGAUAUCCCAUGGGGUGUACAGCUUGCAGCUGUAUAUGCCCUUUGUGACUUGAGCCCUAGCAAUCCAGCGGAGAUAGCCAAGAUCCUAGAAGCGUGGCGGACACAGACUUCCAACACCAUUCCAUCUGCAAUUGUCAGCUGCCUGGAAGAGGUUGGCUCUCUGAGUGCUGAUGGCUCAGCUGGCUCUACAAGCAAAGGAGACUGUGCACCCUGAGAGCCAGGGACUCAGUUCCCUGAGACAGGAGGAUUACCAGAAGGUCAUGGUCACUGCAGAGAGACAUGCUUUAGCAAGCUUUUCUGUAAAGGACUUAACCUGUCUUCAGCAGAGAAGGCAAAGGAAGGCAUGAUGCAGACGACCCAGGGGCAGGAGCUCCUUGUGGGUUCCUGAAGACAGAAGCAGGCAGCUGUGUUUCCCUCCAUCACAUGCAUUUCAGUUAUGGCUGUAUGGCCACAGACAUAUAGAUUGUAUUAUUGUAUCUUGGUCAAACAACAAAAACUUGAACUUAGCCCUUUUUAUUUUUUGGCUGCAAAAAGUGUCCUUUUUAGUGGCUUUUAAAAGUUGAGUGGCAUUUUUUAUAAUGAUCUUAAACGUACAAAAACAUGAUUUGGUACCUGAGUCAUUUUUAGAGUUUAUGCUCAAAUAAAUGGCUAGGCAAAAGCAAAUUGGCUUUUAAAACAAGAAGUAAGUGAGUCUCUCACUGUCGUAGCUGGAAAUGGCUGCAAAAGCAUAGUGCGCAGCUACCGUAGUAGGACAAACUUAGUGGAAGUGUACUUGAGUGUGUUUCUUCCCAUCUCUAAAUGUCCUGAACCAUAAGUAACUAUCAGGAUUGAUGGACAGUGCAAGACUCCCAUUUGGCUGUGUAGAGAUGGCCAGUCUGCGGGAGCAGCAGAGCCCUGUGGGCUGUGUGUGUAGGGACAGCUCUGUGGGGUGUGUGCAUACAGACAGUGCUAUCUAUGAUGUGUCUCACAUUGGAUGAUAUUCCACUUUCGGAAUUUUUUAUUUGUAUAUAGAAUGGGUUUAAUAACUCACUGUGAUUCUGAUUUGUCUUAUAUUCAUCAUUUCUUAAAACUCUUGUAUGUGUUUUUAUAAUAAAAAAUAAAAGCAAGCCAUACAUACUUGUUA